CGCACCGCACUGGGCUGUUAACGUCGAUCGCCGGCUAUAUCCCGCAACGGCUUGUGACGACAACUACUCCUUCUCAGCGCGUGGUGAGGGCCAGACUAUUGCGGACGCCGUCAACACAGCAAGGGAGCCAUCGUCGUCGCGUUCUCCGACUGCUGCAAGAGUCUUGUCAUUUUUCCUAGCCUCAGCAGCCGUGAUCACGAGAUGACGUCCCAGCAAAAGAAGGUUGUCAGCUUCCUCGGCCCAGCUGCCUCAUAUUCACACCAGGCAGUGCGGCAAGCAUUUUCGGAGGACCAGUGGGAGUACAACCCUGUGGUGACCAUUGGCGACGUGUUCGACGUUGUACAGGACAGUGUAUCUCCAGCAGGCCUCGUGCCCUUUGAGAAUUCGACAAAUGGCUCUGUGGUCUUCACCUUGGACUACCUAGCGGAUCGCCACGACCGAUAUCCGGACGUCACGGUGAGGGGCGAGGUUUACGUCGACGUUCACCACUGCCUGCUCGGCCACAAAGCUCUACAUCACAACCUGGAGGAUGGAACAGAAGGAUCGGGCACUUGCACACCCACGGCCACCGAUCCCAGUCCGCCACGACCCAGGACGAAGCCCUUGAGCAGCCUGAAGCAUAUUCAGAGGAUCUAUUCGCACCCGCAAGCGUUCGGGCAAUGCAACGCCUUCAUAUCUACGUAUCUGAAGGGAGUGGAGGUAUUCGAGGUCAGCUCCACGAGUAAGGCUGCGGAGAUUGUCAGCGGGGACACCACAGGGACGUGGGCUGCGAUAUCAAGCCAACUCGCCGCAGAGACGCAUGGUCUUGACAUGCUUGGGAGGAACAUUGAAGACCGGACUGACAACACCACACGUUUCCUCAUCAUUGGGAAAGACCCCAAGAUACCUCGAGAUGGUGAUCUGACCAUGCCCAACGACGGUCAGGUUGGCACCAAGUCGAUGGUUUCGUUGACAGUUCCGCACGAUUCGCCAGGGGCUCUGGCCAAAGCGUUGAGCUGCUUCGAGGAGUUCGGCCUCAACCUGACAAGCAUUAACAGCCGGCCAAGCUUGCUGCAGCCCUUCCACUACAUCUUCUUUCUCGAGUUCCGUGGACAUCUGUAUGAUGAUCCGGGGCAGAAGGUGAAAGGUUGCUUCGAGAAACUGAAAGAUGUCGCUGAGAAUUGGCGCUGGCUGGGUAGCUGGAGGACAUAUCGCUAAGCUUCUCUAGGAAGGGAAUCAAUUAAAGAAACAGAGCGCGUACUCCACGCGGGGCUGUGUGUCUAUAAUCGUGACCUAUCUUAAUCAAUGCAGAAGCAUGUGUAGGGUAAACAGGGUGCCAUUGGCUAACCACUAUCUUCGGGCC